AUGGCAGCUUUCUUCGCGUCGGCAGAGCAGUGCGAGGAUCUAGUUUCGAGGACAUACAAGUCUCGAAAUGCUAGUCCCAAGAAACGCGGUAGACCGGAAGACAGUGUACGGGAGGCAGACACAGACUCAUCGCGAGAAGAUGAGCAUCAACGAUCCCGGAAACGUCGUCGACGUUCUAACUCAGUGCAAGAUCUGGCAACCAUGGAGGAAACCUCCCUCGGUGCUCCAAGUUCAAACGUACCCUCGCCUACGACACCGGUUUCUUUUCAAGACGCGGCAUGCCUUCGGCAAGAAUGGCUACACGAAGAAAGACAGCGCUCUAAUCCGAGCCACCAAUGGGAGGAAGAAAUGGCAUGGGCAGCUGGUGUCUACAAAGGAGACGUCACACUUGGCGAGACCAAUGCUGAGCGAUGGCUUGAGUUCAAUGGCGGGGAGCACCCUCCCAACAAAGAGCACUGGAACUACUAA